UGCGGAGGUGAGUAUCACGCAACCUCUUGUAACGACAGUCGGUGAAAAUGAAGACUUUUUUCUGCAUUGAAUGUAUGUGAUCCUCAAAUAAGAUACUUGAGAGCUUUGGUCAACAAGGAUGGUACUGAAGGAGAUUCCAGCUGACAACAUUGCCAGACCCCUGGGUCGCAAUGAAGUCAUUGGCUUACUUUUCCGCCUGACAAUCUUUGGUGCAGUCACCUACUUCACCAUCAAAUGGAUGGUGGAUGCUAUCGAUCCAACCAGGAAACAGAAAGUUGAAGCGCAAAAACAGGCAGAGAAACUGAUGCGACAGAUAGGUGUUCAGAAUGUGAAACUUUCAGAGUACGAGAUGAGUAUUGCUGCUCACCUGGUGGAUCCGCUCAGCAUGCAGAUCACCUGGAGCGACAUCGCUGGCCUGGAUGAAGUUAUCACAGAACUGAAGGACACCGUCAUCCUGCCCAUCCAAAAGAGACACUUGUUUGAAGGCUCCCGUCUCCUCCAGCCCCCGAAAGGUGUGCUUCUGUAUGGCCCCCCUGGUUGUGGUAAGACCCUGAUCGCCAAAGCCACCGCCAAGGAGGCCGGGUUCCGCUUCAUCAACCUGCAGCCCUCCACACUGACGGACAAGUGGUACGGCGAGUCCCAGAAGCUGGCCGCCGCCGUCUUCACCCUGGCUAUCAAGCUCCAGCCCUCCAUCAUCUUCAUCGAUGAGAUCGACUCCUUCCUGAGGAGCCGCUCGAGCUCGGACCACGAGGCCACGGCCAUGAUGAAGGCCCAGUUCAUGAGCCUGUGGGAUGGGCUGGACACCGACUACAACUGUCAGGUCAUAAUCAUGGGAGCCACCAACAGGCCCCAGGAUCUAGACUCUGCCAUUUUGAGGAGGAUGCCCACCCGCUUCCAUAUAAACACACCUAAUGUCAGACAAAGAGAACAAAUCCUGAAGCUUAUCCUGGAAAAUGAGAACGUGGAAUCGUUGGUAGACCUAUGCGAGAUUGCCAGGGAGACGGACGGCUUUUCAGGAAGUGACCUCCGGGAGAUGUGCCGGGACGCCGCGCUGCUUUGCGUACGGGACUGUGUGCGCAACAGCUCAGCGAGCUCCGGUGACAGCAGUCUAGAGCUGGACUUCAUGCGCCCCAUACAGCAGCAGGAUCUGCGGAAGGCCGUCCAGAAGAUGAGGAAGUCCAAGACAGCUGGGGGCCAGCCUGUGCUGCUGCACGCCGCGCUGGACUAAGUCUCCCGAGGACAGACAUCUGCGUCCCCUCGCUGGGAAGAACCUUUACCUUCAUCUUAUUAUCUCUUUUUUUACAUACAUAUAUAUUUUUUCCCCUCAUAUCAUACUGGGUUAUGGUCUUUGUCACUGGACCUGCUUGUUUCAAGUAGCCACAUGCUUCUCCUCACGGCUAUUGGAGAAGGAUUUGGGCUCAAUGCCUUUUUUUCUUCUCCAAAUGUUUUGCCAUCCAGCCAUCCAGCCAUUAAAUAUUGCUUUUUUUUAUACUGGGGGUGGGGGGGUGGUAUGAAGAGUUUGAAAACUUGUAAAAUUAGGGUUUCAGAAUUCUAGAAUGCUGUGCUUGGAAGCUGUUGAAGUGCUUAGGCAGUAAGGUGUGCCACCCCAUGGCCACUGUGUGCAUGUGCGUUCAUGUCUGCUUUUGCAUCUCUCUACAUGACAUGGGGGCACGUCCGCCUACCGAUUAGGUUCCAAAACAGGUGAUGAAUUCGUAAUGGACCAAGUCCAUUGCAUAGAUGACAACAGAUUAUAUUGUUUUUGUUUGUGUGUGUCAAGAAAAAAAUUGUAAAUUUUACGCAUCCUGAUAUUGGUGGAAGUUCCUUUUGCACUUGAAGUGCUUUAAAAGUUUACAUCAGUUAUGGCCUCUUAGUCUGUAGAAAGAUAGGGUUUAAAUGAUGUAACCCGGAUGAAUAUGUUGAUAGUGUAGUAUUUAUUUCUCAUGAGGAGUGUCUGUCCAGCUACUGGAGGGGGAAGUAUUGUGGAUGUUUUGUAUAUUUGAAAGGGUUUCAUUUUCU